AUGACAUCUGCGUCAGACGAGCAGGUCAGCCCGCGGAGCAGCCAUCUUCAGCCUCCGCCGGCUGGCCGACCCAACAGUGCUCGAGAUUCGGCUACCACGCCGACUCCAGAUCAAGCACCUGCGGGACAACCUGGGCUCUCAAAUUAUUGGCAACCGCCAUACGCCGCUCGACCUAAUGAGGGUCCCUUAGGCCCUGAAUCACCCAUUGAUCCAACAGCGUUACAGUUUGCCCUCCCGCCCGAGAUACACCAACCUCCACCGGCGUUCGGGCGAACAUUGUCAGCUUCUGCCGACCCAUACGAUUCGCCAAAUCCUUAUUACGACGAGCCCACAAACCCGGACUACUUCGAGUCGGAUAGUGUACCCCUCACCUCGCAUGUCCAGCCCAUAGCCCGAUCAUUGGGUGUUCGGGAGGCCGAUGCACAGCCACGGGAUAGCUUUCAGACCGUCUCCGACAUCGAUGCCUCUCCUUCUCGUGGCCGUGAUGUCAGAUCGCUUGGAUAUGACCUGGAGCCCGGCGCUGCUGGUCGCUUCAGUUACGGCCAGACUUUGACGCCGGGGGACAAUAGGCGAUCUCGCUCUCCUUCCACGUCGGAGGCCCUUCACCGCGCAGGUGUAGCCUCUCGACCCCCGAUGUCAAACCCGCUCAAGGGCAAAUCCCUGGGUGUUUUCUCUUCCAAAAGUAUUGUUAGGAGGAAGCUAUGCGACUUCCUCGUUCAUCCAUUCGCCGAGCCCAUGAUUCUCGUCCUCAUCAUCUUCCAAACGGUCCUCCUGACGAUUGAGGCGGCCCCCAAUGUCUUUGAGGACGGCAAUGAACGGCCUACCACAUGGGGAACAACAUGGAUCGAUUAUGCCAUGCUUGGUCUCUUUAUUGUUUUUACACUUGAGCUCGUCGCGCGAAUAAUUGUUUCUGGUUUCAUCCUGAAUGCCUCAGAAUAUAGCACUAUCGACCGCAAACGAGGAGUGCGGGCUGCGGUCACCGACCAGUACAGAGCCCUAUUUCAACCGCAACGUCAAAAGUCUGUAAAGGCGCCUCGCCAGAUCAACUUGGGGCCGUCCGCUUUCGCCCGGUCUCUCACCUUCAUGCAAGGGCAACCGGUCCCUCAAACGGUUGAAGAGCACCAGCGUUAUCAGCUCGCCCGUCGAGCUUUCAUGCGACACUCAUUCAAUCGGCUGGACUUCCUCGCCGUUGUCGCUUAUUGGAUCACAUUUGUCCUGGCGAUCACUGGCCUAGAAAGUAAACACCACAUGUACGUGUUUCGAAUGAUCAGCUGCCUGCGGAUUCUACGCUUGCUGGCUAUUACGAAUGGAACUGCCAUUAUCCUUCGAAGUCUGAAGAAGGCAGCGCCGCUACUUGUCCGAAUCGCCUUCCUCAUCAUUUUCUUUUGGCUUCUAUUUGCCAUUAUUGGCGUGCAGAGCUUCAAGUCUAGCCUGAGCCGUCAUUGCGUGUGGCUUGACCCUGAUGCGCCAGCGGACCGGUCCAGAGCUUUUGUCAACGAGUUUCAGUUCUGCGGCGGCUACCUCAAUCAAACCUCCAAUGGCACCGAGCCUUGGGUAUUCGCGAAGGACGAGGAGGACCUGGCAACUUUGGUACCCGGCAGUCUUGCUGGAAAAGGCUUCAUCUGUCCCCGAGGAUCAAUAUGCCUCCAAGGCAGCAAUCCUCAUGGAGGCACCGUGAGCUUCGAUAAUAUCCUCCAGUCACUUGAGAUGGUAUUCGUAAUCAUGAGUACCAAUACAUUUACAGACAUCAUGUAUUACACGACAGACUCGGAUUACCUACCCGCUGCCCUGUACUUCGGUGCAGGAAUCAUGAUCCUGAUGCUCUGGCUGAUCAACCUGCUCAUUGCCGUCAUCACGUCCUCUUUCCAAGUUAUCAGGGAAGAAAGCAGAGCUAGUGCUUUCACCGUGGAGCGAGAUCCACUCAUUACACCAAAAGAAAAGGCGCCGCCGCUUCCCGUGUCUCGUCUACAAACACUAUAUGACAAGACUUCGUUGAUAUGGAUCGCUGUCAUCUCACUCGGCCUUAUGGCGCAGUGUUUCCGCAGCGCCACGAUGUCCAGUGGACGCGCCGCUUUCAUUGAUGCCGCUGAGGUCGUCACAACCCUCCUUCUCGACGUGGAAAUAAUCAUAAGAUUCGCGGCAGACUGGCGCAGAUUCCACAGCACGUGGAAAAAUCUCUUCGAUCUAUUUUUGGCCGUAACGACGUCCAUAAUCCUCCUCCCACCGAUACGGAAUGCAGGACAGGUGUACGCCUACUUGACCAUAUUUCAGAUUCUUCGAAUCUACCGAGUUGUCCUCGCUGUUCCAAUCACAGGGAACCUGAUUCGGCGGGUUCUGGGUAACGCGACGGGUAUCUGGAACUUGAUGCUCUUUGUCUUCCUAAUCACCUUCAUUAUGGCGCUCUUUGCCGUUCAGCUGUUCCGCGGCGAGAUUUCGCAAAAGGAAGACAUAUCGUUCUUCAAUGUGUACAAUUCUUUUCUGGGUAUGUGGCAAAUCCUGUCGAGCGAAGACUGGACCUCGAUUCUUUAUGAGGUGACCGAAACUUCGCUGCCCUUCGGUACGUCUUGGGUCGGAGCUGUCUUCCUGAUUGGAUGGUUCAUCUUGGCCUUCUUGAUUCUCGUCAAUAUGUUUAUUGCUGUCAUUCAGGAAAAUUUCGACGUGAGCGAGGACGAGAAGCGAUUGGAACAAGUUAAGGCAUUUCUACAAAAGAAGGAACUUGGAAAAUCAUCGAGCAACCUCUCUUUAUCCACCAUUUUCUCGUUCGGCAGGGCCAGAAGAAAAAAGGAUCCCCUCGACUAUGGCCCAGCUAUGAUGGAGAUGCUGCUCAAGGACGCAGUCGUCCGAGACUUCCUUGAUGAUUCGGAAGAGGCAUCUCAAGGAACUCAGCACAACGAGAGAGCGCAUCUUGCGCCCCGUGCAACUACGUUCGCUGUUGGGGACGUGAAGCCCGGCUUUCUCUCGAAGUGGUGGGGCAAACUUGUUGCGCGGAUGAGUGGUAAAGAUCCCAAUCCGUUUUACUCAAACAUACGCCUCGAGGGCACCAAUGAAACACUCGAUCCUCGACAGAUGGCGCGUCAGGUUGUCUCUGCCACGUCGGCGAGACGCAAAGCCCAGAGAGAGUAUCUCGCGCGUCAUCCGAAUUAUAACAAUUCCCUAUUCUUCUUGACCCCGCAUAACCCUCUCCGUCGUGCCUGUCAAAGGUUGGUGGGACCCGGCAGAGGCAGCGAGCGAUUCGAUGGCGUCGAGCCCAACAAGAUCGCCUGGUAUACUUUUAGCGUCUUCAUUUAUGCUGCUAUCGUAGCGAUGGUAAUCAUUGCUUGCGUCACGACCCCGCUGUACCAAAAAGAGUACCAAGAGCAGCAUCCAGAGUUUAGUAUUACCUUCUGGUACGUCUGGACAGACAUGGCAUUCGCGAUAGUCUUUUUCGUGGAGGCUGUGAUCAAGGUCAUUGCGGACGGCUUCUUUUUUACGCCGAACGCCUACUACCGAAGCUCCUGGGGCAUCAUUGAUGGUAUCGUACUCGCCACUCUCCUGAUCAAUGUCGGUACUCUCUUGGCGAAAGAUGGAGAGAUAUCCCGAGCAAUCGGUGCCUUCAAGGCUUUGCGUGCUCUACGUCUCCUCAACGUCAGCGACAGUGCCAGAGAUACUUUCCAUUCCCUCAUCAUCGUCAGUGGCUGGAAAAUCCUGAGUGCAUCUUUCGUAUCUAUCUCACUACUAAUCCCGUCGCUGUUUACGGCCUCAAUCUUUUCAACGGUCUCAUGA